AUGACUGAAAGUAGUGCAUUUUCGACUACAUCAUCAAUGUUACCAGGCGGUAUUCCUAGACCAAUCGACCAUACACCAGAUGAGAAUGAAUUUCAAAUGACUUUAAUCCCGAUGACAAGAAUCAUUUUCAUGGAUGAAGAUAUUGGUAUUAAGCCAGUAACAACAUCUGUCACAAUUCAUAAUGAUACAGUACUAGUGCAAGCAUUUAAGGUAAAAUGUACAUCAAAUAAAAUGUUUACUAUUAGACCAUCGUAUGGAAUUAUUGCUCCAAAUGAAAAAAAGAGUAUUAAAAUAACAUUUAAUUGGAAAGAUGUGCCGAAAGAUGACUUACACUUCAUUUCAUUUUAUCAUAUUCGAAUUAACGAAAACACUUGCAAUAUGCAGCCACGAGAGAUUUUUGAAAAAUAUAAACCUGAAGGUGUGAAGCGCAUUCUGUGUCAAUUCAAAAAUGCUAGUGGACAACCGAUUCAUCAACCUGAUCCGAAACCUAACACAGAAAUUGCUUGA